CUACAGAAGUAUUAUCGGAAACACGUUAAGUGAUCCUGGAAGCUUUUGGAGGGGCAGCUUCAAAUAAAAGCAGCGAUCGGAAGGAGCGACGCGCACUCUUCAUAGUCUCACAAUAUAGUUAACGCAUACAUACUUCGAAAUUUAAAGUUACGAUUUGUGUGGAGAAAGACAAGUGUGCUAGAGGAACGUCUAUUUAUCACCUUCUUGCAACAAUUCCAUUGCUGGAAAGUGUCAUUGUGUUUAGAGUCAUCGAAUUUCAAAAAUUAUAAAUAUUGGAAAAAAUAUGGCAAAUAUCAAUAAUAUCAAUAUUUUUUAUCCACUUGGCGUUUUGGAAAAGAAUAAGGAAAUAUUGGAACCAAUCGAAUAUAUUCUUCAAGCUCCAAUAAUACAAGUAUCAAACAAUUUCAUAUCGGCUUUUAACUAUUGGUUAAAGAUACCAGAAAAUAUAGCUCAAGAAAUAACUGAAAUAACACAUAUGGUGGUUAUAUCAUAUCUACUACUGGACGAUAUUCUAGAUAAUUCUAGUAAGCGAUUUGGAAUUCCUACUGCUCAUUCUGUUUAUGGAAUUGAGAGGACAAUAUCUGCAGCACAGUAUGUAUCAUUUAGUGCUCUAAAGAGAAUUUCUAAUUUGCAACAUUCUGAGGCAUUAAAAGUAUGCGUAGACAUGACACUGAGAUUAGUCGAAGGUUAGGGAAUAGAAAUAGUUUGGAGAGAUAAUUUUACCUGUCCAAGCGAGGCAGCUUAUAAAGAAAUGAUAGAGAAAAAAACUGCUGCGUUUUAUACAAUGUGCGUGAAGUUAAUGCAACUGUUUUCAACCUGUAAUAAGGACUUUUCAUCAUUAAUAGAAACUUUAGGAUUAUAUCUCCAAAUAAGAGAUGAUUAUUGCAAUUUAUGUUCCUCUGAUUACACUGAAGAGAAAGGAUAUUGUGAUGACUUAACUGAAGGCAAAUUUAGCUUUCCAAUUAUUCAUGCCUUGCAAAGUAAACUUGAAGACAAGAAAAUAAAAAAUAUCCUUAAACGUAUCCUGCGACAACGGACAAAGGAUGUAGAAGUGAAACGCUAUUGCAUUAAACUGUUAAAAGAAUGCGGUUCGUUUGAAUAUACCAGAAAAAUACUAGAUGAGCUGAAUGCAAAAGCAAGAGCUUAAAUCGAUCGUUUGGGAGGCAAUCCGCUUUUAAUAAAGAUUCUAGACGAUUCUCAUGAGGACAUACUAGGACAUAAGAGUACCUUACUAUUAUAAAAAAUAUGGUAUAAUAUAUAUAAUAUAUAUGUGUGUAUAUAUAUAUACACAUAUAUAUUGUUAUAAACAAAUGAAAAAUUGGUGUUGCUGGGAUGUAUUACUGCAGUGCCGAGAUUUAGUUGCACAUUUCGGACCGAUUUCAUUGUCAACUCCCACUGUUCCCCUCUUGCCGCGCGUAUCUUAGCAACGAGGUGCCGAACGCUAAUAAUUUAAUGGCAUGUAUCUUGUUUAUUAGCGUCCGGCACCUCGUUUCUAAGAUACGCGCGGCAAGAGGGGAACAGUGGAAGUUGACAACGAAAUCGGCCCGAAAUGUGCAACUAAAUCCCGGCACUGUAUUACUGGAAAAGGAUAUAUAUGUGUUAAGUAUCAAUAAAAAGAAAACUUUAUUUUGCAAUAUCAAA